AUGUCAGACAAAAAAAAUAGUUUAGUGCAAACAGUAGUAAUAAAUGAAGAUAAUGUAAGUGAUGAAGCAUUAAGUUUACAGGUGGUUAAUAAAGAGAUCAUUGCCACAGAUAGUGUGAUUAUGCAGGAGGUGAUUGAAAAAGUAAGUAUCGACAACAACGUAUUAAGUGUACCAGGAGGCAAGAGAAAAUAUUCGAAUGAAUCGGAGAUUGAGGUAAGCGCGUUUCAAAAAAGGGCGCGAACGACCAGUUCUUUUGAAAUGAAUGUACAUGAUCACCCAUAUUGUGUAAAGCCUCCUCGUAGAGUGAGAAGUCAAGUUGACGAUCUAAUAAAGUUGAAAAUUUACAGAAGCGAUUAAAGACAUCUCAGAAGAAAACCAAUAGAAGAGAUAAGAAGGUUAGCACGUUGACUGCAGUGGUAAGUGAAUUAAGAGAAAAAAAUCUAAUCAAUAGUGAUUGUGCGACUAUUCUAGAAUCAACUUUUUCUGGAGUUCCAAAGGAACUUAUGAAGAGGUUGUUGACACAAAAGAAGAAGAAAAAUCUUGGGGCGUAUCCACCCGAGCUAAGGUCAUUUGCCCUGUCCUUGAAAUUUUAUUCAACUAAAGCGUAUAAUUAUGUGCGAAAAAGUUUUGAUUUAGGGCUGCCACAUGUAAACGUGAUUCGGUCAUGGUAUAGUUCCAUGAAUGGCGAGCCACGUUUUACAAAGAAUGCACUGACAGCAUUGAAAGCCAAAGUUUUAGCUGCAAAAAGGGAUAACCAAGAAGUUGUUUGUGCACUAAUGCUCGAUGAAAUGGCCAUACGCAAGCAUGUCAAAUGGGAUGGCAAGCACUUUUGCGGUUAUGUUGAUCUUGACACAGGCAUCAAUGAUGACUCGCUGCCCGAAGCAACAGAUGCUCUUGUUUUUAUGGCAGUCUCUGUGAACUCUGGUUGGAAAGUACCAUUCGGAUAUUUUCUAGUGAACGGUCUUACUGGAGAGGAGAAAGCCAACUUGACCAAAGAAUGCAUAACCAAGUUGCACGAAGUGGGGGUGAAGGUGGUAUCUUUUACGUGCGAUGGCCCCAUGUCUCACCAGGCGAUGUUGAAAUUGCUCGGCGCUCAACUGUUACCUGAUAGCUUGCAAGCGUUCUUCCAACAUCCAUGUGACCCGACAGCCAAGAUCUAUAUUUUCCUAGAUGCUUGUCACAUGAUAAAGUUGGUAAGAAACACCAUGUCGGACUGGAAGGUCCUGAAGGAUAAGGACGGCAACGCCAUCAAGUGGCAAUUCGUGGAGGAGUUAUAUAAAUUACGUAUACAAGUGUCAGAGGGCUUACAUCUUGCCAAUAAGCUCCGAUCCGCUCACAUCAAAUGGAAGCCGCAAAAAAUGAAGGUAAAUCUAGCAGCACAGGCACUCAGUUCGAGUGUUGCAGAUGCCUUGGAGUAUUGUGAAGGUCAGCUGAAAUUGCCACAAUUUCAAGGCUGUGGUCCAACAGUACAAUGUAUUCGUGUUUUUGAUCAUCUUUUUGAUGUUCUGAAUUCCAGGAAUUCGUUGGCGAGAAAUUUCAAGGCGCCAAUUAGAAGAUCAAACUAUCAGUACACGAAGAGGUUUCUAGAUGAGGCAAGUGAGUACAUUCGAAAUCUGAAAGGUCCAGAUGGCCAGUCGAUCCUUACGUCAAAAAGGAAAACAGGAUUUCUUGGUUUCUUUUUGUGUAUCAAUGCUGUUGUGGGAUUAGCAGAAGAUCUCGUUAAUGCGGCGAAUCCUGUCCUGAAGUAUCUUCUGACGUACAAGAUGAGCCAAGAUCAUUGGAGUUAUUCUUUUCAGCCGUGCGAGCUUGUGGAGGGUGGAAUAAUAAUCCAACAACUCGCCAAUUCGUAGCAGCAUACAAGCAACUGCUGAUGAGGCACAACAUCGAGGGAGGACGUGGAAACUGCACUCCUCAAGAUGAUACGGAGAUAUUGAACAGUGUCCAGGAUCAACGUGAAAUCAACUCCGUACCUACUGGAAUUUCUGAUGUGGCAAUUGCAAGGAGAUAUGACUUGGAGGUGAGACAGCCAGCUGCAGAUGAUCACGACUACUGCGAUGUUUCGAACGCCAUGGAACUAUCUGAGUACAAAGAGGCGGACAUGUCGUAUAUCGCUGGGUAUGUGGUGAAGAUGGUGGAGAAAAAUAUCCACUGUCCGCAAUGUCGAGCAGCGUUGAUAACGAGCAAAGAAAACAUUCUAGAUUUAUUCGUAACAUGGAAAACGAAUGGAGGCCUGAAACUGCCAUCACUCGGCCUCAUCAAAAUAUGCGAGGAAACAGAGAAGUGUGUAAUGAGAAUGCUAAAUGUAAAUGGAGAUGGUUUACCACAUAGCGCUGGACUUUGAAGUGCGAUUGCUACGACGGUGUUAUCAGUCUGUGUUGAAUGCAAGGUCUUUAGUGCGUUAGACCAACACAUGUUUGAUUCGACUCCAGGAAACAACCAUGUUUUCAAAUUGAUUAAAUGCUGCAGCCAGAGUUACGUGACGAUCCGAAUGCACCAUUUGAGCAAGACGAGAAAUGCAGGAAUGCGCGAGAAGAUAGUACGUAAACAGUUUUCGAAGUUUGUGCUAUUCAAACACGAGUAGUUUUCACCCUGGGCACAACUGUGCUUUCGAGAAAAUUGCCCGUACCUAUAGUACAAUGUCAAUGAUUGGUUCAAGCUGAUGACUCGUAGCGAUGUUCUGCAUGUCUCUGAGAACUAUAAAUUUCUAUUUCGAAAGCAAUCUUGAAUUGCUUAACUUGUUCAGACGAUUACGUUAUGACUAUUUAAAACAUGAGAAGCUGCGUUUUAUCAGGUAUAAAGAUACGAGGCGAAGCCGAGUAUCUUUAGGUCUGAUAAAACACGCACUGCAAAUGUUUUAAAUUGCUUCAAAAACGAUCGAUCUAGUAAGUUCAUUGGCGAAGUAAUUUUCAAAAAAUACGUUGUGCAAGUUGAGAGAAUCAAAGUUAAAGUUUAUGUAAAUCAAGGAAAAUCUCUAUCACAUAUAAAAUACGACACGCUUAUGAUUUUUCUUUGUGUUUUCCUCAUGAAUUAUUAAUGACAUUUGAAGACUAUUUAACUAUAACUUCAUUUUAAAUAUCCCAGUUAUAGACAUUGUAUUUUUGAGAGGAAGGGCGCCUGGCACAAUUUUAUUGUGUUUCGAAGAAGCUUGAAUUGUUGAUAAUGCAUUGUCAAUGGUACCUGCACAAUUUAGAUGUGUUCGAGGGUUGACAAACGAGUAAGGAAAUGAAUGGUGUUUGUAAAGUGUUAAUGAUACCUGAACAUUUUAGAUGUGUGUGCGGUAUAUAAAAUAAGAAGAAAAUGUCUUACUUUGAAUUUUUUAGUACAAUUAAAUAUAAUUGAAGAUCGAGGUACGUAAUAUACAUACGUAUUAUCUGUAUUAGCAUUUUACUAUGUCUAUGAAUUAUUACCAUAUUUACCGUAAAUAUUUUUGUUUAUUUCUAGGUCCAACCAUAUACAUCAGUAACUGGGUUGCUGUAUAUUUUGAUUGUGCUUUAUUAUUAUUAUAUAUAUUUAGCUAUAUAAUAUAUUGUUUUGUUUGUGGAAAUACCACGUAAAUUUAUUUAAACAAAACUAUUAUAUAUUUUAUCACCAUGCAAACAUACAAAGAACUUAUAUAUUUAGUUAUAAUAUUUUAAAUUGAAAAACGACAUGCAUUUAUGUGACAUAUUUAUGUACUGUUCAUUGUAACAUUAAGUUAGAAUACCACUUACAAACUAACAUUUUAAACAAUCCAGGCAGGCAUUUAUCUUUCUUAAUUGACACCUCAAUGGUCUGUCAUUGAACACGUGCUACAUUUAUUUAACGCAAGCAGGAAGAACAAGCAACAUAAGGGAAUAUUAUUAUCCAAUUGAGAUUUCUGAACGAUAAAGAUUAACAUAAAUUUACUGGUACUCUAUAACGCCAAGUAAGUGUUUAUCAGAUUCACAAUCUUAGUUACGUAUAUUUAGGUGAUCAUAUGGCACUUACCUAUGGACACUUGAAUGAUUGGACACUUAAUUGGUGGCGUUAGCCUGAAUGAAUAGACAGUGUCUAUAAUGCACUAAUGGGCUAACAUGUAUCAUUAAAAAUGAUAACUCCAAUUUUGCCUUUCCCACCUUGUGUUCAAGACAUUGAGAAAGGCGAAGUUGGAUUUAUUAUUUUUAUGUAAUUAAACCCCUCGAUCCCAAUGCUCAAUAGAUAAUAUGGUAUAGGUAAAUUAAUAUUGCUUUAUAUAUAUAUAAUUAUAUAUAGAUGUGAUGAUUUCUAAACAAAGAUAAAGAGGGCUGAAAUACAUAUUCCUCAUCAUGUCCGGCCGGAUGACAAAAUUGAAAGUUCAAGACGACAAGAGAAAAUAUAUUUAUAUAUGCUCUUAUGGACUAUUGUCAUCAACAUUUUUAUCAGUUUUUGAUUAUAAAGGAAAUUUCAAGAGAAAAUAUAUGGUAUAUAUCCUGCUCAUCAAAUUAUGCUAUCACAUCAAUUACCAUAUCCAACGCGUAUUGAAUAAUGGCUAUAUAUUCAGUUAUGGACAACUGAGAAGUUUCCAUACCAUCCUAUAUCAUCAACUUUUCACAGAAUGGAUUUCAAAAGAAAUUUCAAGAGAAAAUAUAUGGUAUACAUAUUCAUCAUCACAUAAUUUGCUACCAUACCAUAUGGUCUAUGCAUAUAUUGAAUAUUGGAUUAAUCAUCAUCAAAAUGCAUAAUUAACUUCUUAUAUUAUGGAUAACAGAAUUGCCAUCAACAUGUCUUGAGGACGUGCUAAAUUUCAUAUAAUGGAUCACACUGAAGAAAUUAUGCUGUCAUAUCACCUGGUGACACACAUAUUGAAAAUUCAAAUGCUUGAUGUGAAUUGCUACGAUUUGUGUUCAAUUAGCCCAAAUGUCAAUGAAAGAAAGUGUAUACUUGCUUUGGCUAUGAAUUAAUGCUCAUUACUUGCAUUGGAUUAGUAAAUUUAUAUAAAACAUUUAGUGUUGCUAAAAUAUAAUUAGUAAAUAAAAUAUAAUUUAAUGUUACUACCUUGUAUACCAUAAGUCCUCUACUCACCCCCACCCCUCACAUAGCAAGAAAUGUACUUAAUAUUUAAAUUAUCAAAAUUCCCUAUUCUAUAUGGUCCCUAGUAUAGUAACAAUGCAGUUGACCAUAGAAUUUUCCUUGAAUAUUUAAAAUUUGUUCUUGGUGCAUGAUUAGCCCCCUACAAUGGUUGUUUGAAAUAAGAUGGGUUAGCAGCAUUAACCCUCAGUUAACAUUUAACUCGCUGUUCUGCUUUGUGUAUAUCUGCAUGACUGCUAAUUUCAAACCUUUGGAAAAGAGAACUCCUAGGGUUAAUUUGAUAUGCUUGGAUGCUUAAUCUACCUCAUAUUACAUACAUGCAAUUUUACUCAUCAAGGGUAGUCAUAAAAUUAAUAUAAUAUAAUUAGUCAUGAAACUAAUAUAAUAAUACUACCCAAUUAAUAUCUUAAUUGGGUAGUCAUGAAAUAAAUAUUUUCUAGCAUGAUGGUUUAUAGAGGACUUAUGGUCAACAAUACUUACUCCAGUCAAUUGGCAUUAAACAUGUUGUGCAGUUGGAAUAUUAACUUAAUGCUGUUAUAUAUUUUAACCCUUAUUAUUUUACUCUGUCUAAAUGCCAGGUGAAGUAAUAUUUUAUACUCUGUCUAUUAAAUGCCAGGUGGAUUUACUUGUCAGAGAGACAGAGAGAGCUGGCACUCAAUUGGUCAAUCAGACUAUUUGCCCAGUUAAAAGUUUUCAUUUCAUUAUAUUAUAUAUACCUGAAAAAAAUAUUAAGGAGAAUUUUGACUUUUCGAGCAGGAAUUCAGUUUAUAUACCCCCUUCCCUGGAAUUCCUAGGAAUUCAUUGCCAUAUACCUCUAAAAUGCAGGUCACAAGUUAUAAGGGCUGAAAAUGAAAAUUUAAUUAAUGUCCCACAAACACUCAGGGACCGAUUGUUCAAAUCUGGAUAAGCGCUAACCCUUGCAUGGUUAGAAUAACUCAUUAACCAUGUUGGUUUCGGUUUAUGCAAGAAUUUGGGCCUAUCUCGUCACGUGUGUAUUGUAUUUUUUCCCGCACAACCAAUAGCAAUGUUUAAAUUGAGCAUUUGUUCAAGAUACGGAUGGAUAACUCAACCACAAACUUGUUAUUGGUUAUUUGAGCCAAAUUACAAUACACACGUGACGAGAUAGGACAAAAUUCUUGCAAAAAGCUGUACAAUAACAUAGUUAAUAAGUUAUAUUGUACUUUCAUCGAGCCUCCAAACCAUCUAUUAAAAUAACUGUGAACCCAUUGAGUGGCAUCACUCUCCACUUGACGAGUGAAAUCGUCUGGCAUUAGACAGAGUAAAAUACUAAAGUAGGUGCAUUGCCACUUAAAGGGUUAAUAUUAGCGCUGAUCGAAAGCUUUGCAAUAUUUAAUAAUAAUUUGUGUUUCCACAAAUCAAAACGUAUAAUUUAUGUAUUUAUAUACAGUAUAUAUAGUACAUACCAAGUGCCAGAGGGCAAUUUUAGGAUUCUAAAUUCUGAUCUUAUAGGUAAAUAAAAUAUCUAUUACUUGACAUGUAUAAUGGUAUGAUUUAUGAAGUAUUCAGAUUUAUUUGAUUCUCUUUCAAGACGUUCACCACUCUUUGCAUUCAAUUUUAUAGUGUUUAUACAAUUAUACUCCAUGUUAAUGUUAAUAUUGUUUCCAUUCUAUCCACCAAUCAGAUUGCCCCCUCCAUUUCGCGCCCUUUUUAAGUUUUUAAAACCAAGUCGCAUUUGAGAGGAUAUUUAAAAUUGUAUAAAGGUAUAUUAAACUUUUCAUUUUAAUACAGUACUCGUAUCUAACUAAAAUAACUCGUUAUAGUAAAAAGUAUAUAGAAUAUAUAUAAAGUAUAUAUGAUUUACAUAUUAACAGAUGAGUCAAAACCAGGAAAAUGCAUGGUGCAGAGGAAGAGCUGCCGAAUACAAAUGGUAUUAAUAUGUUCGUACUUUUUUUCAAUACAAAAAAUUGUAUUCUGGUUAAAAUAUAAACUAAGAAUUUUCAUUUUUUGAGUCAUGCAAUUUACCUUCUGCAACUGCGACUUGAAUUUUAUUUUAAAUGCGGUAAAAAGUGCAUUGCCAUUGUUUAACAUUGGACUAUAAUAGUCUUUUUGUUUUGGUCAUGUAAGGUUUUUUAUUUGAUUUUUUUUGUCUUUGCAGCACAAUGUCAAACUCCGCCCAAAAUGGAAAGUAAGUUUUUUUAGUAAGAAUUCUAAGUUUGUUAAGUUUGUUAUUGAGUCGAAUAGUUCAAGUUAAGUUUUUAUGUUUUGUAGAUGUGUCAAAUGUUGAAACAGCUGAUUCAAACCACAGCCAAAGGCAUAUAAACGGUAUAUACAGAUAAUAAUACUAUUUUAAACAAUAUAAUAAAGAUGAGAAAAAUACUAGUUUCCCUACCCUUUGGGUGGUAAUAUGCUAUGUGUUUAAUGAAGUUUUAGAUAAACAUUUAGUAAACUGUACAUACUUUUAAUAGGUCUGUCGAGAGAGGAUCAGGAGGAUCGAGAGAAUGUUAUUUUAAAAUUUAUUUUAAAAAUAUCGCAUGUCUAUUAAUACUCUAUAUUGCAGUCAAUUAUUUGUUAUUUAUAGCUGUUAAAAUAAACAUAUAAGCCUAUUGUAUUCAAUGUCAUGUACUUCUUUAUUUAGGAAAAUGCCAUAAUUGUGGCCGGAAAGGCCACAAAUUCACAAGUUGCACAAAACGUAUGUGUUUCCCCUUUAUCUUUUCAAAAAAUUUAACAGAAACUUAUACUACCUAUAGGCUAUAACUAGGUCUAGGGUUGCUAGUUGAUAGUCGGUAGGGUGGCUAGAGUUGAUAGUUUCUAUUCACCACUGCUUGUUAAAAAUUGGAGUUAAAAUAGUUCAUUUCUUUCUCUGCAUUUACAGCUCACAAUCGUGAUAAAGCAAGUAAGUGUAGAAAAUGUUAUGUUUUUCGUAUUGUAAUACGACUAUAACUAGUAAUUAAAUUCAGAUUAAUAUAAUUUAUAAUUCUGUCUUGUAGGAAGAAGGUGUUAUCAAUGUGGCAAGCCAGGCCACAUUGCAAGACAUUGUCGUCAAAAAAAGAGUGGGCGUGGCAUGGAAUGCAGUCUUAACAAACUUCAACAAUUGCAGUUUUACCCUGACAACAGGCAAUUUACCCAAAGAAAAGUAACCCAUAUGUAG